UGCCCGCGUCUCGCAUCUUUCUGCGCUCGCAGCCGUCCAUCGGUUCUGGAUGAGAGCAAUUAAAGUUGCCCUUCAGGCGGCAUUACAUCACCUCCCGCCCGGACCGGAACGAUACGGUUAAUUAUUUACUCAGUGUGCACGCUUUUAAAAAUGCCUGACACAACAAAUGUCCGGUUUUAACGGCUUUCGCUGACAGGAUAAAGAGAAGAAAAGGUGGCUGGCGUGACUGGCUGGCACCCAUUGUGUCGGGGAUGUGAAGCGGCGCGAGAUGCCAUGGCAGCGGCGGAUGCAGCAGCAGUUAACGGGCCGGAGCCGCCCGAUCUCCCGGUACCCAAGGCGUUUCCCUACGAGGAAUACGAGUGCAAAAUCUGCUACAACUUUUUCGACCUCGACCGUCGGGCGCCUAAGAUCUUGGAGUGUCUGCACACGUUUUGCGAGGAGUGUCUGCACGCGCUGCAGCUGUGCGAGGAGCGGCCGUGGCGCAUCAGCUGCCCCGUGUGCCGCCACCGCACGCCCGUACCGGACUACCGGAUCCAGAACCUGCCGAACAACACCAAGGUCACGGAAGACUUCCCUGUGUACAUCGACUCGGACCCCGUGCCUCAGGAUGCUCUUCCGCCCCACCGGCCUCCGCUGCAUCCGGCGCUCGUGGCGCUGCGGCGCGAGGAGGACGCGUCUGUGGCGUCCAUGGCUGGGCACGCGACGCCGUCCACUACGACGGUGUCCACCGCGACCACGCUGUCCCAGGACUCGGUCUCGCGUUACGAGAGCUGCCAAAACUGCAGGCGUCUCGCGCUGACCACCGGAUGCGUGUGCGUCAUCUUCUCUUUACUGUCCAUGCUAGUGCUGCUCUUCAUGGGCCUCAUUUUCGUUCACAGCCACGGCGGGCCGCCCUCGCCCGCGGGACCCCUCUGUCUGUCGGUGGCCAGCAUCCUCGCCAUGGUGUCUGCGAUGGUAACGUGGCUCCUCUACUGGCUCAAAGACCGACCGGAGCACGAGACGGGCCGCUCCUCGGCCACCACUAGCGCGAGCCGGAGAAACGCGUGACAGAAGAUCAGAAGCGUAUGACAAGCCCUUUCAGCAUUUAUUUCUUAGUACCGUUAUACAAGGAGAAGCCAUGGCACAUCAGAUAUCCCCAUGCCUCACGUACCAGACUACCGGAUACAGAACCUGCCCUACGGCAUCCACAGCAACCGGAUACAUGUGCGCCAUCUUCUCCUGUCUGUCCAUUCUUGUGUUGCUCUUCACGGGCCUCAUAUUCGUGCAUGGCCACCUGAGGUUUUUCUGCUAGGACACCUGUGUGAGCUUGAGAAGAACUGACUGCAUACAUCCACUGAAAAUCACCAAAACCUCAGUUGUUUAAAGAUAGUUGCGAAAACGUUCUGGGUAAAACCCCACAGCUGC